GCUCGUUUGGAGAGAGGAGCGCUCCGACCCCUCGCGCGCAUCAGGUGAACAUAUCCUCAUCUUUCACUAACGGGUCCAAUUAAAAAGACGAGAACCGGGAGGGAGAAAAACAAUCGGAAAAGAGAAUUCCUCAUCCUUUUCGUGUGACAAUAAGACAAACGAAGAGUUGAGUCUAAAAAAGACCAGAGGAUCGACGUCAAAUUACAGUCUUGAUAGUUAAAAGCUUGACAAGAUGGGGCGAAAGAAAAUUCAAAUUUCUCGCAUUUUGGACCAGAGAAAUAGACAGGUGACCUUCACCAAGCGCAAGUUCGGCCUGAUGAAGAAGGCGUACGAGCUGAGCGUGCUGUGUGACUGCGAGAUCGCCCUGAUCAUCUUCAACAGCACCAACCGCCUCUUCCAGUACGCCAGCACCGACAUGGACAAGGUGCUGCUGAAAUACACUGAGUACAGCGAGCCUCACGAGAGUCGCACCAACACAGACAUCCUGGAGACGCUGCGUCGGAAAGGCCUGGGCCUGGAGGCGGCGGAGCUGGAGAGCGAGGAGAGUGUGCAGGCGGCGUCGGUCGGCGCAGAGAAGUACCCCCUGAGCGAAGGCAUGGACCUGUCUGUGUCACGUCAGCGCUACUUUUCCCCCUCCCUGCUGACCCAGGAGUCCCAGUUCCUGUUGUCGGGAGGCUGUGAGAACGGCUUCUCCAACGCCUCCAGCAUGGGCCUGUCCCACAGACCCCAAGACUUCAAGCCCCUAGGCCCCAGGCCCACCUCCGCCGGCCCCCACCCACACACCCCCUUCAUGGCCCCCCAACCAGGUGGGGGCUACUCCCAUGUGUUCUCCCAUGGCAACCUGCAGGCCAGGCCCCGGGAGGCCAAGAGCCCCCCCCCCCAGGUGCACCUGGGAGAGGGUGCCCGCGGUGACGGCGGCGGCGGCGGCCUGGGGCACAUGGGCGGGGCUCGAACAAACCUCAGCUCGUCGAGAGGCUUUUUGUACCAGGGCUUGCAUGCCGGCAACUCCAUGGUGUCCAUGGGCAAGGCAGGGCUGCUGAGCCACAGCCUGGGUGCGUACGGCCUCCCCUCCCCCGGACACUCCGCCAUGCAGACCGAGUACCACAGCCCCAGUGGGUUCCCCCACCCGGCGAGUCUGCAGCGGGGGAACCUGCACGGCUGGCAGAGCAUGCAGCAGCCCCUGCAGGAGUCCACAGGGCUUCACGUCAGCCCAGGACUCUCGGAUGGAGGGUGCUACUUUCCCUCCCAGACCUCCGUCCAGACCUCCCCCCCUAUGCUCUCCCUGAACCUCAGCAUCAAGUCGGAGCGCACCUCUCCGGAGCACAGCUCCUCCUCCCCCACCUCCCCGGCCCUCCAGCACCACUUCGGGCAGCCGUCCCCCGCGGGCGGCUCCGCCUGCCACAGCCCGCCGGAGGCCUACGGGGCCGGCGACGGAAAGGAAUUUCCCAGAGGUGGAUACCCAGAGGUCGGCCGGCAACUGGGAGACGAGGGGAAAGAGAUGCCGUUUCCCAGGCAAUUAGUGACCACGGACGGCUGGCCGAGAUAGCGGCGGCCGUAGCAAACAGCACCAUCACAUUCGGCCCAGGUCUGAAGCACACACACACACACACACACACACACACACACGCACAUGCACAUACACGUGCACGCACACACAUGAACAUGCAGGCACAUACACAAGCGUAUGCGCUUGCAGGCACACAUGCGAGCGCGUGUGUGCACAAACCCCCAGACCCCCACACACGCACGCAUGCACAGGCACAUGCACACACACACACACACACACACACACACACACACACACACACACACACACACACACACACACACACACACACACACACACACACACACACGCACACACACACGCACAGGGAAUAUAGAUCCCAUGGUUAAGAGUCUCUGUGUGUCCUCUGAUGUAGAGCAGGUCUCUGCUGGUUCAUAAACAACUUUAAGUGCAUCUCUGAUUAACCCGGAGGUGAUGCAUGGAAGCAAGUGUUUUUGUUUGGUUUGGCUUCGGGUUUUAUGAGUCAAAAUUCAUUGUAUUUUCUUUUUAUAUACAAGUUAUAUUGCGAGCACCACAGGAACAGCAAAGCCAAACCCGGGGGAUGUUUUGGUUUAUGCGUUGCUCGAUCAAAUAAAAACAAGGAGAAAGCUUUUUAUGCUGUGGCCAUUCAAACACUGAUUCAAAACAAUAGGUGGAAACGACUGGGAGGUAGAGUGGAAACCAGAAUGAGAUAAAUGAUCAGUCGCAGGAUCCUGGUCAUCUAUAUAUAGUUUGAUGAGUCUCAUCUAUUUAUAGUUUACACGCCUUAAGUUCUUUUUUACUUCAAACAAACAACUAUAAUGAUAGAAAACGUGGACAUUGAUUACAGUUUGUAUUUGGAGAAUUAAGAUAAAAGUGCCUUUAUUAAGCAUAAUCAGACCUUUUUGUUCAUUGAUGUGUCAUCCAGAUGGUUUUUAUUUUUAAUUUUCCCCUUUCAAUUAAAAGGUUGUUUGGGUACAACUAAAGCAUUGAUAAUAUAUACAUAUCUGGUCACAUGUAUAUUGAUUUGUAUAUUUUGUGUUCAAUUUGAUACAAUGAAUGUAUUUGACAUACAAAUGUUUGCCCUUUAUUGAUUUUGCCAAGCCCCUUGAUGAUAUAUGAUCAUUUUUAACUAGCUACAGCUUUAAUUGUCUUUUAUCUCAAUAUAUGCUAUGCUAGAGGUGUGUGUCUUUUUGUUUUGGGUGAAAAAAAUAUAUCUUUCGUUUUUUGGUUUUAUAAUGAACAGAUCUAAAAAUAUGAUAUCAUAUGAUGCAUUACGAUAUGCGCUAGUUUGGUAAAUUGGAGAUCUUAAUUUGCCCAAUGAGUUUGUAUGUGUGUGUGAGCCUGUGAUUAUUAUUUUUUCAGCUUGAUUUUACCAAGAGAGCCUUUUGAGAUGAAUUCUGAUUAUUCUAAUACAAUUUAAUUUACGUGCGUUGCCCACACGGGGGCGUCCUAGUUAAUGUUAUGCUUGCUGAAAGGAGAAAACGGGAACAGAAAAUAUGGCCUUGAUCGUAUGUGCAGUUCUGCCUUGAAAGAAGGACCCAGGAAAAUACAUUUCAACCAGAUACUAUCAAGAAGAACACUUUAUUUGAUUUCUGCAUGAACAACAAUGUUUAACUUUGAUUCAGAUAGCUGUAGAGAGCUGAAACCUCGGCAAGUCAGACUUGAACCUAAAAAGGAUUUGCAAUCCUUGAAAAGGAUUUUGAAGUGUAAUUAUGUUGUGCCUUCUUUAAAAUAAACGCUGUUUGAUUCGUA